GCUUUAUGUUCAUCAUGCUAUGGAAAACCCGUAUCCUAAAUCUCUCACUUUGCCAGCAUUAUCCACCUUGGAGCUAGAGAAUCUUACAUUUUAUGGUGGCGAUAAUGGUUGCGCAGAACCAUUUUCGGCCUUUAGUAAGUUGAAAAGUUUGCUCAUUUCUGAAUGCUUCGUGAAAGAUGCAGGAACCUUCUGCAUAUCAAGCGCGUCCCUCGUCAAUUUUACUAUGCACAUUGAAUCAGACAAUGACGAAUAUUACAAAAUUGUUCUUUGCACUCCGAGUCUUUGUACAUUUGUUUUUCGUGGAUAUUCUUAUCAGGAUAUCUCUUGGAGCAAUAUUUCUUCUCUUGAACAUGUACAUAUUGACGUCGAACUAUUUCCAAAUAGUUGCCGGCCUCCUUUCUUUUUGAUCAAGUGGCUCUCGGAGUUUGCUAAUAUAAAAUCAUUGACCGUCACUGCUGCUACUCUUCAGGCUCUCUCCUUAAUUCCUGGAGUGUUGGAGUCUAAGAUUACUUCCUUGGGUAAAUUGAAGAUUUUGAAGGUGGAAAUUGAGGAAAUUCGAUAUGCAUUUCGCAUGUUGUUGUGCGAUGAAAAGUUACUUAACAUCAAGUCAAAGAAAGAAGCAUCUAGGAUAGAGAAAGCAUUUGAGUCAGGAUUAGAACCAUCUCCGCUCGUACCUGAUGGAGUUGUGGACUUCUUGCUUCAAAAUUCACCCUCGGCAGAAGUUGACUUCGUUGAUUGCAGAAAAAAAAAACCUCUUAGACGGAGACAUUUAUAAUUGGAAUCUGCAUGUCCAUACUUGAUAGAUAGCUUUUAUUUGGAAGAUAUUAAGUGAUCCAUUAAGCGUGUGUUUGGUAAAGCGGUGGUAUACCGCUACCGCGUGUCCUCAGCCAUUUGUACCGCGAUUUUGAGAAGCUACAAGUUGUAGCUUUUGUGAAACGUGGGGUGUUACCACAAUUUCCUUCAAAAGCCAAAUAUAGGCUAUGUCAAGGGUUAAAGACAAUAGAAGCGGGGAGUUGUUAUUAAUGUUUGGGAAGUUGGCAGAAGCUCUGUUGUUCAAAUGUAACAAUAUUUAGUCUGCAAUAUUGUUACUAGUUGAAGUGCCAAAUAUUGUUUGUAUGAUCAUACUAUAUGUACUGUGCCUGUUUUUGUAUGCAACAAUUUGGAUGGUGAGAUUGUAAACCGGAAUUAUCACCAUUUCUUAUGUG